AUGCCUUCGUCUACAGACGAGAAACAAGGAGUCCCUGCGGGCUAUGUCUCUAAUAGCGACUCCGUGCAGACCUCCAACGCAGACUCUGAUGGCUAUGGCUCAACAGAAGAUCACAUCUUCAAAGAUCCGGCCGUUGCUAGCCACUGGAUAAGCGUAUAUGAAGCGGCUACUUACGAAAACCGCCAUCGUUUCGACCCAGAGUUUCAAUGGACAGCAGCCGAGGAAAAGAAGCUCCUCCGGAAAAUCGACUUCAGGAUCAUGACCUGGGCCUGGAUCAUGUUCUGCGCCCUCGAUAUCCAUCGCAAAAAUAUCAAUCGUGCUAUUACAGACAAUAUGCUGCCGGAGCUUGGCAUGAACACUAAUGACUUCAACUACGGGCAAACAAUCUUCCUCGCCUCGUUUCUCGCAGCGGAGCUGCCAAGUGGGCUUGUCAGCAAGAAACUCGGCGCCGACGUUUGGAUACCUUUCCUGAUGGUUGCCUGGUCGAUCGUGGCUGGUUCCCAGGCAUUCCUCAGCAACCGCGCUGGCUUCUAUGCCAUCAAAGCACUUCUAGGCCUCCUGAUGGGUGGAUUCAUCCCUGACAUCGUGCUCUGGCUGACCUACUUCUACAAGAGCAACGAGCUGCCCAUUAGACUAUCCUGGUUCUGGACAGCCCUGAGCACCGUCAACAUUGUAGGUUCUCUGCUUGCGGCCGGCAUUCUUCAGAUGCGAGGCAUUGGCGGAUGGUCUGGCUGGCAGUGGCUCUUCAUUCUCGAAGGCAUAAUUACCUUAAUAAUUGGCCUAUUCUCCUGGGUUCUGAUGCCCCCAGGCCCUUGCCAGACCCGCAACUGGUUCCGCGGUAAAAACGGCUGGUUCACUGAGCGUGAGGAGGCUAUUAUGGUCAACCGCCUCCUUCGAGAUGAUCCUAGCAAAGGUGAUAUGAACAACCGGAAGGCUGUCGGGAUUUCUCAAUUAUUUGCAGCGGUAAGCGACUGGGAGAUGUGGCCAUUGUACUUCAUCGGCCUGGUGGCCUACAUUCCCCCAGCUCCACCAAACACCUACCUGUCGUACAUCCUUAGACAGCUCGGUUUCUCGACAUUCCAGGCCAACCUUAUGGCGAUUCCAUCGCAGUUCCUCUUUGCCGUCAACCUUCUGCUUGUCACUUGGGUUUCGAAUAAAGCCAAUGAGCGCGCCAUCAUUUCUUCCCUCUCCAACAUAUGGAUGCUUCCGUGGCUCAUCGCUCUCGUUUGCCUGCCUGCGUCCACUAGCCCGUGGGUUCGGUAUGCGUUGCUCACUGGACUGCUGUCAUACCCCUACUGCCACGCGAUUUUGGUCGGAUGGAAUGCGAAAAACAGCAACGCGGUCCGUACGCGUGCUAUAUCUGCAGCGCUCUAUAACAUGACCGUCCAGAGCGGAAAUAUCAUUGCAAGCAACAUCUAUCGAGAUGACGAUCAGCCAUUAUAUAACAGGGGCAACAGGGUUCUUGUGGCUAUCACAGCGUUCAACAUCGUUGUGUUCUAUGCCGUCAAGGCCUUCUACAUCUGGCGAAACAGGCUCCGGGAGAGAAAAUGGAACGCGCUGACUCCUCAAGAGCAGCAGGACUAUGUGCUGAACACCAAGGACGAGGGACCAAAGAGAUUGGAUUUCCGAUUUGCACACUGA